AUGAUUUGGUUGUCUGAAAGACAAAAAUUCGGUGUUGGAUUCACUGCUGGGGGAAUAUUCUUCUUCUUGUUUGGUAUAAUGGCAUUUUUUGAUUCAGCAUUUUUGGCGUUGGGAAACAUAUUGUUUGUAAUUGGGUUGAUUUUAAUCAUUGGGCCACAACGUACCGUCACAUUCUUUACUAGACCAACUAAGAUGAGAGGAACUUUAUGUUUUUGCACAGGAAUACUAUUAAUUUUGGCGAAGAGAUCAUUCAUAGGGUUUAUUAUUGAGUGUUUUGGGAUAUUAGGUCUUUUUGGUGAUUUCUUCGGGACCAUAGUGCAAUUCUUAAGAUCUAUUCCAUAUAUUGGUGAUCUUUUAAGUCAUCCUAUGAUUGCACCUACUAUUGAUAGAUUGGCUGGUAUUAAUACGUUACCUGUUUAA